AUGCUUGCUAGGAAAAUCUGUUUACUCUCAAAUAUUGUGCGUCGUUCCCCGUGUAGUUAUCGUUGUGCCAGCAGUACGGCAAAUCAACAGGAAUUGGAAUCGGCUUCAUCGUCUAUAUCCGUCAAAGCUGUAAGGCCACGUCGAGCAAGAUCUCGAAGGCUUGGUGUUGAAUCGCCGGAUCCGAAACUUUGCUGUGGUUCGGGAUGUUUGAAUUGUGUUUGGAUUGAGUACGGCGUUUACCGAACGUUUUAUUACAGUGACGAACCUAUUGAAAAUACGUUGAAAAUAAUUGACGAAAAUGUAACAGAUGGUUGGUUACGUGAUUACGUAAAGAGGGAAAUACGUCAGCGAACGAAAAGAUGA